CUCUAUCCUCAAUACUAGUACGAAUUCUCCCCGAUUCGCGACACGACAACUUCACAGGGAGUAAUUGUCCCUAUCUUUUAUUUUCCCCGUCCUAUCUCCAGUCCCGAUUUCUCCUUACAGAGGGACCAAGGGAGACAAUGCAUUCCACCCUCAACCGCGCCCAAGGCGUCUUCGGCUUCUUCACGACAGUCGCUCUCUUCGUCGCCGGUCUCGCGGCUCUCAGCGUGUUUCUCUAUCCUACUGACGAUGUGACAUCCAGUGUGAAGUUGCGCGAUGUGAAAGUAACAAAAGGCCGUCCCCACUACUACAGCACGCGAAAGGAAGAAUACGCCGCCAUGAAAUUCGACCUAGACGCUGACUUAACCCCCCUCUUCAACUGGAACACCAAACAACUCUUCGUCUACGUCUACGCCACCUACCCUUCCGAACCCUCGAAUCCAACCACCUCCGCGCCCUCCCACUCCGUCAUCUGGGACACUAUCAUCCCCGCCCCGGAGUCGCCUUACUCCUUUAAUGCCUUGCGCAAGAAGUUCUUCCCUUCUGCAUCGUCUGCGAACAAGAAGCGCAGCACGAAGAAGACGUCCACUACUAGCAAAACUGCCAAGAAAGCAUCUGAGCCCGGGAAGCUGAGACUCCGCGACCAGAGAGCCAAGUACUCCAUCGGAGAUGUUUCGGGAAAGAUGGCCGAACGGGAGAAUGUCACUCUCUCUGUAGGGUGGAAUGUGCAGCCGUGGGUUGGGGCGCUGUGGUGGGCUCCGGAGACUGGGGGUGCGAUGAGGACGAAGGGCGAUGUCGGGACGAGUAAGGCUUUUGGGCUGCCGGCGCUGAAGGGGAGGAAUGUUGGGACUGCUUCUGCUGCUGGUGCUGGUGCCGGGGCGGCGUAGGUGGAGGAAUUGUUGGGAGUAUAGUGAGUGAUGGUUAGUUUUGUUCAUGUAGGAGGGAUGGAAUAAUUGCAUUGGGUUUGUUGUUAUUUUUUUUUGGGUGUUUAUUUAUGCAUGGA